AUGGAGAGGAACCUCCGAAGCAUUUUUCAUGCAGUUGGAACAGAGGAUCAACUGAAGCGAUCAAACGACAUGUUGCUUGACAUUUCAGCCAAGAUUACUUCCAGGGCGGUGCUUCUUCUCCAUCAUUCUCGUUCAGAAAGUGUCUUCCUUCAAGGUUGGCAAAUUCUCAUACUCUCUGGCAUAAACACUAUCAUCUCAGAGAAAACCAUUCUCGACCAUAACAACUUCUGGGCAACAUUUCCUCUCCAUUUCACCAUCGGUUUCCUCCGCUUUUGUCUCUCAGCCAUUCUCAUAUACCGGCGUGAGAGAGUGUUCAUCAAUAGAAUCAUACCGUUUCAGGAAUCACGAUCAUGUCGACUGACAUCAACCAAGAAACAUGUGAUCGAUAUCUAG